AAAAAUCACGUGAUUUAUUAGACGCCUCACAUCUAGGCCAGGGCUCAGAGACUAGCAGUGCACUGAGGCAUUUCUGAGAUAGGAGAUAGGGACAGUUUCAUCCCAGCUCCCUGCCUUUGCCUUUGCCAUGGAGGAGUUUCAGCAUCAGCUAUUCACUGUUUUGGGGGCUCUGAUCUGUUUCCAUAUUCUGGUAAAAUGCAUCCUAUUUCUGAAAUAUAUUUUCCCACAUACUUGGAAUGCUUUGCCUCAGGCGUUCUUUCGGUCGCAGGGAGAAUGGGCAGUGGUCACAGGAGCAGGAGAUGGCCUUGGAAAAGCAUAUUGCUUUGAGCUGGCAAAACGUGGCCUAAACAUAGUUAUGAUAAGCAGAACUCUUGAAAAACUUCAGAGAGCAGCCGCUGAAAUAGAGCAGGCCACAGGUCAACAAGUGAAGAUUAUACAAGCUGAUUUCACUAAAGAUUCAGUAUAUGAGAAUAUUGAAGAAAGUCUUGAAGGUUUGGAAAUCGGUGUUCUGGUUAACAAUGUUGGAAUGCUUCACAAUCCUCUUCCGUGCCGUUUCCUUAAUGGACCAGACGUUGAUGAGAGUCUCAUCAACUGCAACAUUAUUUCUGUUACAAAGAUGACACAAAUAGUUUUGAAACAAAUGGAGCUACGACAGAAAGGUCUUAUUCUGAAUCUGUCUUCUGGUCUGGGUACUUUCCCUUGUCCUUUAUACACAAUGUACUCAGCUUCUAAGUAUUUGUUUCAGGUCUGCCUUGAGCUGGUGCUGGCUAUUUCUUUUCCAAUCCAGAUAUACUCGGCCCUGCUACUGCCAAGGCAGGACAGCAGAGUACCUUCAAAACAUCAUUUAUAUACAAGUAUUUAUAUACAAGUACUUAGAGGUUCCUAUGUUAAGGUAGUGGCUCCUUUUGGUGUUUCCACUCCAAUGACAAUGCACCAAAAACCCAGUCUUAUCACAAAGAUGCCAGAAGAGUUUGUUAAUGAAUCGCUGGAUUAUGUUACCUUUGGAGAUGAAAUUUUUGGAUGUUUGGCCCAUGAAAUAUUGGCAUGCAUCCUGCGACUCAUCCCGCUAUGGGUAUUCCACAGCGACAGAUUUCAAGAAGCUGUCCUGACUACCUUUAGUGGCUACCUGAAGAGGAAUUGGAAGAAGCCCUAAAGAGACUUCUCUGGGAGGAGAUAUGCAACUGGCAACCACAGCGGGAUGCAUUUUGCAAUGCCUGUGCAUUGCA